GGCAACUACGCACCAUGCGGUAUCUACGUGCCAAGGGAAUCCGCAAGGCGCUGCGCCAAUUCCACUUCUUGUGUGGCAUCAAGCCGCCUUACAAGGUGCUUCUGGAUGGCAACUUCAUCGCCAUGUGCUUGCAGAUGAAGGUGGAUGUGCAUGAGCGCGUUCCUAAAUACCUACAAGUGAAGCCACACGAAUGCGAGUUUUACGUGCCUCGCGCAGCUCUAGACGAGCUCAAAACGCUCGGAGAAGCCACCAAAGAGGCUUAUGAUUUAGCCAAGAGCUUCAAGGUGGCGGAGGCUUACAACCAAUCAGAGGCUGACAAGCAAGAGACCGUGGACGUGUCCAAGUACAUCCAGAACAUCAUCGGCGAAAAAAAUGAGCGCAAGUUUGUCGUGUGCACACAGGAGGUGGAGCUUCGUAAGGCGCUGCGUCUGGUACCUGGUGUGCCACUCCUCUACCUAAACCGCUCGGUGCUGGUGUUUGAGGAGAUCUCACGCGCGACGUUAGCGAUUGUUCGUCAGGAAGAGAAGGCAAAUAUGGCCAAGCUAGACGUGAACGAGAAGAGGAAGUUGGAGCAGAUGCAGGAAGGAGAAAGCGGAGAGAGCCAAGAAGAGCAGCAAAGACUUCAAAAGAAACGAGCGAAGGGACCCAACCCACUUGCCGUCAAAAAGUCGACCAAGAAGAAGGUCCGCUCUAAGAAGAAAAAGAACUAA